AUGCCGUCUAAUCAACAAGCAAAACAACCACGUUAUUCAUCUACAUAUGAAGAUGAUUCUUAUCAAUAUAGACACGUCAUUUUGGAUAAAAGUAUGGUUUCAUUGAUACCAAAAAAUCGAUUAAUGGACGAAUGUGAAUGGCGUGCAUUAGGUAUUAAACAAGGACCAAAUUGGGAACAUUAUUUGAUUCAUAAACCUGAACCAUUUGUUCUUAUGUUUCGUCGUUGUUUAAAAUAUCGUGUUGAAUCUGAUCCAUCUUUGCAACAACAAAAUACUCAUUUUCCAACAACACGUAUACCUAUUAGUGCAACUAUGAAUAAUACAUCAUCAACUUAUCCACUUGGUGAUGCAACAAAUACAAAAAAUAAUAUGUCUAUACGUGGUGCUCUUCGAAUGGCUGUUAAUCCUUAUAAAGUGAUUAAUAAUAAUCUCAAUGAUGAAUAUAAUGAAUCAGGCUUUGAAAGUCGUUGUGAUAGAUAA